CUUUCAUCAAGUCGUGAGUGGGGUCCAACUUAUCCUGCUUCCCUUCACAACAACAUCCAUCACUCGAUCGUGUCUACGCCGCUGACGGAGAGGGGACGGACCGGUAUGACACGGCGCAGUCCCGUCUAUCGGCUUUGUCGAGGUGUUGCUCCGAUUCUGGCGCGGUGCGGUGCGCGGUAGCUUAUCUGGCUACGUGGCUUGCUUGGGAUCCGUAUUCAGGGCUCGGUGAGGAGGCGGUGGAUGUUCAAAAGAUCCAUCGUCAGCAUCAUUCGAGCCGCUCUGUUACACGCCCGCAAGUGAUGUGCCAGGAGCGUUCGCUCGUGCCCACCACACGUCGCCUCUGCACUUUGCCAUUGACGCAUCUCUGUAGACACCAUUUCCCUCCGCCGUCAGCUCGCCAGGCCCGACCAUGGCGUUCUCAGCACUUGUUUGCGGCGUCUCUGAAGAAUUUCAGUCAGUAGUAGAUCAGUUACUGGGCUAUCUCGCUCAACGAUACUCUUUCACCUUCCGAACGCUUCCCUCAUCAUCUAUCCAACUGAUGAACGUACCCAUGGAAGCUUACCAGAGUCUCGAAAACUUGGCAAUCAGCCAUCGUGCUCAGCUUCAAGUCGUUUGCCAGCAAAUCGGAGCAAGCAUUUUGGGGCGCGCAGAGUUGGCACAGCCCGCCAGCCGAGGUGGCAGUGAGGGUCGCGUCGAGAUAGGUUAUGGCCUGCCUGCACAAGCUUCGUUCCCUGCGCCGAAUGAUGGUAGCCGUCCGCCUCUUGAGCCGCCAACGCAGUCAAAGUCGCGUAAGCGUGCUCGGGAGACGACGAGCGACACUUCAUUCGCACAGGCACCACAAGCUGGUACAAGCCGUGUGCCCAUCUUGGCGCGACCUCACUAUCCCAGUAGGCAGGUCAAACGCUCUCGCACAUCCCACGCCUCGAUCUCUGCAGGAGUGGCAUCGCCUCACAAUUUGGAGAAAGGGACCAGACGACUCGAGGACGACGAGGACUUUGAGAUACUCAGUAUCUCCAAUACAAACUCAUCUAUCACCAGCAUUUCAGUCCAUGGAGAGGUGGAGGCCAGUGGGAAAGACACAUCCGAGGCAGAAGAGACCAGCGAAACGAAAGACCAUGGAGAUGAAGAAGUGGUAGCGACGCUCUCGUCUCAAAUACGCGAGCUUGAAAACGCUCAAUUCAGAGACGUACCAUCCUCCAAAGCCCGACCAGCUUCACUGAGGAGCAAGCGGGUGCGCGCUGCUGGGACUGCUGCUGAGAGAGCGCACGAACAGCCGGACAUCUCUGCUCCUCAUCAAAGCUCACCACUUGCGGUGAGAUGCGCGACGUCGAGCUCGCAGAAGGUGCUGACGUCGUCUGCACAGACUACUGGCACAGUGUACGGAGCUACUCAAGAGACAACAGCCCCUCGUCAACUGCAAUCGGCUUCUACCGGCCAACAUUAUUCACUGAAAGGCUCCUCAACUCAGCAAGCGUCAUGCAUGCCGGCCAACGAAGGUGACACUGCUGCAUCGUCGUUGCGCUUCGCACAGCUCCAGCCUGAACAGAGCCAGGAGCUGGCCGCUCUGCCCACACAGUCGCUAGACGUACUGUCAGGCACUACCAAUUCACUCCAUGCUGACGAUCCCAGCCAUUUCGCGAACGUCGACAGCACGCAAAGAAUCCCUGAAGGAUCUUCGACGUGUGUCGCCGCCACCAGAAUUUCCUCUCGAAGAUCCCUAAGAGACAGGGUCCGCGUCACCGCUGCCAACGCUAAAAAGUCUGAACUGUCCCCUCGCACCCUCGCGAGACACAAUGCUGAAGAAUACGAGUUGGAAGGCUUCGCUGUGCUUGACUCCGCCUCUGACGUGAGUCUUUACGACGAAGAAAACGAAACGGAAGCAGUCUCGCCUAUCAGUCCUCAGGCACACUCUUCCGGCGUUCGUCGCGUCAUCAGAAGUGCUGCUUCAGCAGCGCGACCCAUCGAUCUAUCCGGCUCGUCGGCAAUCACAUCUAGAGCAGUGAUGCCGUCUAUUGCCAGCGGCUUAACACCACGAGCUAUUGCCCGUUUGCCUGGACGUGAUCCUACUGCCAGCACCGCGUACACGCUAAGAAACGGGCGUCGCGUCGCCUCCCACGUCAUCUACGACACAAGAUUGAGCGCAGGAGAGUGGCACAAUCAAAUGUGCGAGGUGUACAAAGCGAAGGAAGACACCGCCUUGGCUUGGACGGAUGGCAGCAGGAAGAUGGAUGGGACGGCCUCAGCGGCUGCGGUGUUUGAGAAAUUUCCGACGCAAGUGGAGCGCUUGCCGAAUGGCUCCUCUGCCUUGACAGCUGAGCUGCACGGGAUCUACAUGGCUGUGCUGACGGCAUCGCACCACUCCAUAGGACGUCUUGUAGUCUUCUCAGACUGCCAACAAGCCAUCUUGGCUGUUGCGGACAGGGGUGAGAACACCUGGCUCAAGACGGUGUACUGGCCGAGGGCGAGCGACCCCCGAGCAGAGAACAGGCUCAAAGCGAUCCGACAUUUGAUCAACGAUCUGAAGAAGACCAAAGUCAUCCUAAUAUGGGUCCCUGGCCACAACGGAGUGCCAAACAAUGUGAGGGCGGACUCAGCGGCCGAUUUUGCCGGCAAGCAUUGUCCCGAACGAGAUUGUUGCGAGUUUUUCGGCGCUGGAGAAGCGCUUCCAGGAACAAGCUGGGGGCCAGCGACAGCCCCCUCUGUUGCUUCGUAUCCAUUCACCUUCACGGCCCCCCUGCCCCGUGGUCCUGGCGAUUCUGCUGCCAUCGCACCAUCCAAUGUACCAACACCAAACUUGGCAGAGCAUGCCCCGCCUGGACCGGUCUCCACAAGUCUCGGCGCAGAAACGAACAGCGUGCCAAAUGCCUCAGCACCCCUCGGCGGCAAUGUUUCCGCGCAACGCUACAACCUCAGGUCGGGCUAUCCAAGCCGACCUAGGAGAGUUGCGUUGACCACGGUGGUCCCGCAACAAUCUCCCCAGGCCGUACUUUGAAUCGUGUACAUUGAACCCCCAAGUACGCAAAAAGUCGGAAUUUUUUUUUACUUUUCUCAAGCGCAACUGCGCUUCGAGCUCCAUCGCUCGUAUGGACAGCCGCAAAGUGCGCUCAAACCCUGUCCUCGGCAGUCGCCCCGGCUGCCUCUUCUCGAUCCCUUCACGUUCGCACUGUCAAGCGCGAAGUAAUCUGUAGCUCAUUCCCAUUCUCUCGUCAUCAAAGCAUAUCAAUCCCUGACCGAGCCCCGGCCUCAUUUCAACCCUUUCCAACCACGCAUCCAUCAUAAUUUCGAAAGGUCCACUUUUCCUCUAACGUCCCCCCUACCCACGCAACCAUGACAUCCUGAAUCAUAAACGUAGAUCUUUGACCUGCAAUUCGAAUGACAUUGAUCGCUGUGCAC